AUGAUUCCAGCGCGGGGGCGGGGAGGCGGCGCGGUACCUGCGGUUACAGCAUCCCCGGGCCUCCCCGAGGACCGGCGUCUGGACUGCGCCCAGCUGCGGCCACGGCGCUUCUCGGAGAUGGUGCGAUCACCCAGGUGCGGGGGCUCCAUCUGCGCCGCUCUGCCAGACUAUUUACAGCCAAGCGAGUGGCUGCGGCGGGCAUUGGCCCCGGGCCAGGCGGCCGAUCUGGGGCGGGGCAGCCGCCUUCGCCGGCGACCUUCCGCCCGGAGCGCGCGGUGGGCGCGGGGACAAAGGCGCCAGAAGCCGGGCCGCGAGAACCUCGGUGCCUCAGCACCCUGGAAAAGUUGGGUGGCUUUGUGGCUGGAUUUCCCUUUGCAGGGUUAG